AUGCAACGCCUCGAGCGCGGCCUCACGGUCCUCCUCCGCACGACGCAUGCCCUGUCGCAGCUCGGUGAGUAUGCCUGGGUCAAUGCCGCCGCCAACCUGCUGCGAGGCGGCGUCGCGCUCCUGGAGCUGCCGCCGGAGCAGCUUCAGCUCCUGCUCGUAUUUGCGCAGAAGCGUCGCCUGAUCCAGGUCCUCGUUGAUGACGGCGGUGUUCUUGAUGUUCUUGGCACGGUUGGCAAAGACAAGCGUGGAGAGGGACUCCGUGUACGACUCCAGUGCGGGGGAGAUGCAGGCGAUCAGCGUCGUCUUGCAGUUGCCGCCGAGGGAGUCCCGCAGGGCGCUUGUCAAGACGGAGUUUCGAAACGGCACGUGCCGAUGACGACCACCGCCUUUGCUCGCGAGAGCCGCGAUGACGUUGCCGAGCUCAUGCAGGGAUUUGUUGAUCUUCUUCGUCUCCUCCAGUCGCUGGCCCGUGACACCCGCCUGCCGCAGCUUCUCGCUGCCGGCCAGGUCGACAAUGUUCAGCUUGCCAAAGCGGUACGAGGUGGGGUUCGUCUCAUCCCCCUCCAUCACCUCCACGAUGAUGGUGAACAUGGCGUGGGAGCGUGA